GAGUUCCUGCGGGGCCCCGCGGGUCGCAUCCAGCUGCUGCACGGCACCACCACGCUGGCCUUCAAGUUCCAGCACGGCGUGGUUGUGGCCACCGACUCCCGGGCCUCGUCUGGGAGCUACAUCUCCACCCUGCAGUUCAACAAGGUGAUCGAGAUCAACCCCUACCUUCUGGGCACCAUGUCGGGCAGCGCCGCCGACUGCCAAUACUGGGAGCGGCUCCUUGCCAAACACUGCAGGCUCUACGCACUGCGCAACAAUGAGCGGAUCAGCGUUUCAGCUGCUUCCAAGCUGCUGGCCAACAUGCUGGGCGAGUACCGUGGCAUGGGGCUGUCCGUGGGCAGCAUGAUCUGUGGCUGGGACAAGAAGGGCCCCGGGCUGUACUACGUGGAUGACAAUGGGACCCGCCUCUCCGGCCCCAUGUUCUCCACGGGCAGUGGGAAUACUUACGCCUAUGGGGUUCUGGAUAGUGGCUACCGACCCGACCUCACUGUGGAGGAGGCCUAUGCCCUGGCCCGUCGCGCCAUCGCCUAUGCCACCCACCGCGACUCCUACUCUGGGGGCGUUGUCAAUAUGUAUCACAUGAAGGAGGAUGGCUGGAUUCGGGUGGGACGGACAGAUGUCAGCGACCUGCUGCAUGCCUACACAGAGGCCAAGCAAUGAGAUGAGACUGGACCAGGAUCCGACCCAGGAUCAGGGAGCAACAAGACUCAGGACCACGGCAAUGAAGGAGGAUGGGGUAGUGGGGGGAAUGGGGUCAGUGACACCCCAAUGUGUUCUGGUGCCUGACCAAAUAAACUUGAACUAAACCCGCU